GCUGCCCGACCCUGCCGAUCCAUUGAACGCACCGGCAGGUUCCUAGAGCAACACAGACUGACACAGACUGACUAAGAACUGCAAGGACCGAGCCACAACCUGUUCCUCUGUGGAUCACUCCCAGAUGUCUGCGGCGGUCGACUUCGCUCACCAUAACUUUGGCCGUCAUACCCAGUUAGACGGUAUGGCUCAUCGUCGCCACGACUACGACGACCCAUAUGCCCCGAAGCAUGGACACUAUGCCCAGGAAGAGCAGUUCCAACAGCCGGUCCACACAAGGCAGCUUCCCAGCUUGCCUCCCAUGGCCACCAUGAUUCCGGGCUUGGCAUCGAGUCAUUCUCCGGUGCGUUCCAACAGCCGUGAGACCCUUUGCCACAGCGGGAGGCCGGCACCAUACUCGGAGUAUGCCAGCCCUUGGCCCGUAGGGCAGACGCCGCCUCAGUUCACGAUUUCUCACAAUGAGCCACGCCAGUUCUCGAGGCGACCGGCGGACAUCCGGCAUUCCCCAACGCUUUCGUCAACGGCUAGCGACAGGUCGUCCGAAGAGAUGGCCCAGGAGUUGCGGAUGAGGCAGAUGAGCGCUAAUGGCCAGGGCCAAAUACCGCACUCUUUCGUCUCCCAGCCAUCUCCACGAUCAAGAGGAAAUCCGUACCCACAGGAUAUCGCCUUAGUCCCAGUAUCAGCCAAGGCCCCUUCAAGAGGCUUCUAUUCUUCUCCUUCACUAGUACCCAACAGCCACGCCGGGCCUCCGCAACUACCCCGAAGUCCGCCAACCACUCAACCGAGCACCUCCCCACGACAAGAACCAAAAUCAAUGAGCAUAUCGAACCUCGUAACCCCCGAGAAUGGCUCAAACACCACAACAAACAACACAUCCACCAAAUCACCUGCAACCACCUCCAACCCUCCGAUUCCACCUACCACUGCUCCUCGCCCUCCGAACUCCGAGUACCGCAUCACCGUCCGCCAACAACCCUUCGCCGCCCGCAGCUGCGGCUUCGGCGAGCGCGAUCGGCGCGUCAUCGACCCGCCCCCGAUCGUCCAGCUAACCAUCCACGACCCCUCCCUCAGCGCCGACGAGCACGCCCGGCGACUGCGCCACCAGUUCUCAGUCGUGCACUGCUCCAUCUGGGACGAGACCGGCGCCAAGGACAUGUCCAGCAUGCCCGAUGACUUUCGGCAGCAGCGGCGGCUGAUGGGCACGCUGGUGGCGUCCCCUUUCGUCGGGCUGGACGAGAAGGGCGAGGAGGGAUGUUUCUUUUGCUUCCCGGACCUUAGCUGCCGCACGCCGGGCACCUUCCGCCUCAAGUUUGCCCUGGUCGUGCUGGAUCCGGCCCGCAUGUGUACCGGCGACAGGUCGGCUAUUGUCGCGACGGCUAUGAGCGAUGCGUUUCAGGUGUAUAACGCUAAGGAUUUCCCCGGCAUGAGGGCCAGUACGCCGCUGACCAAGAGGUUGAAGGAGCAGGGGUGCUUGAUUAGUAUCAAGAAGGGGAAUGAGAAGCGGGAGGUGGGUGGCGGUGGUAAAGGGGAUGAUGACGAUGAAGAUGAGGAUGGAGACGACGAGGAUGGCGGCGGGAGUGGGAGUGGGAACAAUGGUGGCGGUGGCGGUGACAGUAGCGAGGGAAAGGGGAGGGCCAAGAAGAGGGCCAAGAGGUAAUCGUUGCGAUAGCGGAGGUGCUCGUUACCCGAUCUGAGGAGGAUGAUCAAGGAGGUUGAGGUGUGAGCUGGGGUUUACCUACCUCGCUGAUCUAAAAAGGAAGAAAUAGGGGUACUUGCCUCCUUGGCCCGGGACCUGCAAGGAGAGCGAUGCUUUGGCGUUUCGGCUGGCACCAGUUACGGCCGCGGGUCCAGAUACCAAAAUGAUGAUGGGUUGCCUGGGUACUUGAGCGCAGGGCUAUAUAAAUGGAUGUGCUUCGGUGUUA